AUGACCAUUGCUGUGCGGGUUGUUGUGCUGGCUCUGGCGAUUCCCACCACUUUGGUCUGUGUCUUGCGGUUGUACCUGCGCAAGUUCGUGACCAAGCAAUUUGGGUUGGAUGACUGGCUCGUGCUCAUCGCGCUGAUCGGGGUAGAUUUGUUCUCAGCGCUGGCAUACACGAUCACGUACUACGGGCUGGGAGAGCCGCUGCAAAAUGUCUCCGCCGACCAGCUCGUGGUCUUUCUCACCCUCGAAUAUGCCUCGCAGUGCGCCUACCUCGUCAUCGCCGCCACCGUGAAAGCCAGUCUUCUCCUUUUCAUCAUGCGCCUGUUCCCCACCCGAUUCGUCCACCUCGUCGGUCGCUGUCUGCUGGGCGUCAUCGCCGCCUUCACCCUCUCCGGCACCCUGGCGCUGGUGUUCCAAUGCCGGCCCGUGCAGGCGGCGUACGAUAAAACCCUCACCCACGCCACCUGCUAUACCCCGGAGACCUCCUACGCGAUCCUCAUGAUGCAGGGCGUCGUUAUGUUCGUGCUGGACGUGAUCAUCUUGAUCCUGCCCAUGAGGCCCAUCUGGCAGUUGCAGAUGCCCAUGAAGAAGCGGCUGUUGGUGAUUGGGCUGUUGUGCAUUGGAUUCACCGCAUGUGUCGCGGCACUCGUGCGUUUCUCCACUCUCAAGUUCGCCAAUGACACCACCAAUUUUACCUACUCGGCAUCCAUGUCCCUGAUCUGGAUGGAAAUCGAGUUCAACCUCGGCCUCAUGUCCGGGUCCUUAUCCUCUCUGCGGAAGCUGUGGGGGCUCCGAUCCCUAAUUUCGAAGAGCCAGGACAGCCGACACGGCGACUCAAGACAGUCCGCGGCCUUCGACCUGGUUCCGCGGAGCUGGGGCCACCGCGGGAUCACGAAGAAGACGGAGAUUCUGAGGGUGGUGGAGUCGAAUGGGAGUCAGGAGCCGAUUGCUGCGUCGUAG